GUCGCCGCCACUCCAACUGGUGUGGAAUUGGUUUGCGGUCUGCUAUUCGUAGUAUAAAUUCUGAGAGUGCUUAAUUGACUUCGCUCUUUUUCUACCCAACCGUCGAGAAGUGUGGACGUGUUUCUGCUUCUGGCCGAAUCGCUCGUAUUUUGUGUUGAGAAUUGUGUGUGUGACCGACGAAAAGUAAGCUGGCUGGCUAUCUGUCACAAUUAAAGGUUCAAUUGAAAAUAAGAAAAAUAUAGGAAACAGCUAAGUGAAUUUACGGAGUGCAAACGCCGUGUGCAUUUGGGAAUAUACGAGGCGAAUUCACGCAAAAUAUUGUGUUACAUAAAAACUUUCGGAGCACGACAGAGUGUAUUUUGCAAAUUAAAUUUUCAGAAGAUUAGGGUUAAAUUAACAUCCGCUUUUGGUGCUCGUACUGAACCUGCUGUCGCUGUCGCUGCCUCCAACGUCAUUUCGCUAGAAAAACGCUUCCUCAUUUGCGAAAAAUCAAUUAGUUUCUCACUGCCCUUUACAGUUGCAAAAAUAAUAAGCAGCAGUACAUCAUUUGUCAAUCUUCAACAGCAUUUCCACUUAUACAAUCGCUACACGCAACUAAAAAGCUACAACAUGCCGCAAUCAUCAGCUGCUGUUACAAACGGUUACUCCAACGGCUGCAAUGGAAGAACAACCGAUUCCUAUGACAUGGAAGAUGGACAGACAUUCCUUUUUACCUCUGAAUCAGUGGGCGAGGGUCAUCCCGGUUUUGCAGAAACCGUUGCCAAGACAGGCAUGAUCUUACUAUGCGGCGAAAUUACAUCGCAAGCUGUGAUUGAUUAUCAAAAGGUUGUGCGCGACACAAUCAAACACAUUGGCUACGACGACUCAUCGAAAGGUUUCGAUUGGAAAACAUGUAAUUUACUUGUUGCGCUCGAGCAACAAUCGCCCGAUAUCGCCAAUGGUGUUCACGUCGAUCGUGAAGAAGAAGAUUUAGGCGCUGGUGAUCAGGGCAUCAUGUUUGGUUAUGCCACCGAUGAGACCGAAGAAUGCAUGCCAUUGACUGUUGUUUUGGCACACAAAUUAAAUCAGAAAUUGGCAGAACUUCGUCGCUCAGGCGAAUUCAGUUGGGCGCGUCCCGAUUCAAAGACACAGGUCACUUGCGAGUACCUUUUCAAUCAGGGCGCAGCUGUGCCAAAGCGUGUACACACCAUUGUCGUUUCCAUGCAGCAUUCGGAAAAGAUUAGCUUGGAGGACUUGCGCAAAGAGGUCAUGAAUAAGGUCAUCAAAGAAGUCAUUCCAGCCAAAUAUUUCGAUGCCAACACAAUUGUGCAUAUAAAUCCAUGUGGAUUGUUCGUCAUUGGCGGUCCAAUGGGUGAUGCAGGUUUGACCGGGCGUAAAAUUAUCGUCGAUACUUAUGGCGGUUGGGGCGCCCAUGGGGGUGGCGCAUUUUCAGGCAAAGACUUUACUAAAGUAGACAGAUCGGCUGCAUAUGCUGCGCGUUGGGUUGCCAAAUCGCUGGUGAAGGCGGGACUUUGUAGGCGUUGCUUGGUGCAGGUCUCAUAUGCCAUCGGCCUGGCCGAACCACUUUCCAUUACAGUCUUCGAUUAUGGCACCUCACAUAAGACACAAAAAGAAUUGCUCGCAAUUGUUAAGCGUAAUUUCGAUUUGCGGCCGGGCAUGAUUGUCAAAGACUUGAAACUCAGACAGCCAAUCUACCAGCGCACAAGUACUUAUGGACACUUUGGACGUGACGGUUUCACGUGGGAAGAAGCGAAGCCGCUGCAGAUCAAUUGACUAGAACCGGGUGCAGAUCAGCUAACACAGCCACCGUUUGCUAAAAAGUGUAAAGUUGCGUAAUUCUUAGUUGUUAAUUUAAUUAUUUUCUGAUGUGCAACGCGAAAGGGAAUAAUUGCAAAGUAAUUACAAUAGAGGAUAACGAAAAAGCAACCUAGAAAAAAGGAGAAUAAAAAUCACGCAAGCAAAGUGAUUUUGGUACAGUUUUCGUUCCUCUCAUUACCAAUAGUUAUAAUUUAGCCUUAGUUGUUUAAAAAUAACAAAAAAUAUGAAACAAAAUAUUCCCACGCUCACAUUAUGUUCUCUUCAAACGUGUCAACUGUUUUAUUGUAAUUUGUCCAUCAAAAUUGGUACUUGAUUGAUGUUAGAAAUUUGUUCAUUUGAAUUCGUGUGAUACAAAACGUGGCGCGUCUGUGAGAAGUAUUCAAUAACAUAAAAGUAUGUAGUAUAUGUCAUGCCCCUUUGUAAUUUGUACUCGUACCCACAAAAUAAUUGUUCAAAAUAUUUGAAAAAAAUAAGAAAUGAAAAAUAUGCAAAAUUAUAAAUAUUCAAAUGCAAUAAUAUAACGCUAGUUAUUUUUAAACGGAAGCAAAGGAUCUAUCAAAUAUAUCUUUAUUUAUUCAAAUUUAAUAGUCUUAAUAAAGCUUGAACGUUGAAAAUUAUAUUGGGCCGUAUACAUAAAAACAAAGCAAUUGCUUUUACUUAAAAUUCCAUACCUUUCACUUCAAUUUAUUUGAACAAAUCGAGUAAAAGGUCUGAAAUUUUAAGAAAAAGCAUUUGGCAUUGUCUCUGUAUACUAAGUGUAACUUCACCAAAUUCAAACAUUAAAGCAAGAACCUAAAAGAAUAGUAUAAAAUAAGAUAACAUUAUGACAAGUAACCCCCAAAGAGUUAUAAACGCUCAAUCAUUAUAAUUAGUACGGUACAGAGAUGCAUAAAGCAAAUAGUAAUUUACAUAAAAAUCAAUGAAACAAUAAAAUUGCGCACGAUAGUGUAUGAAAAAACAAA